ACACAAGUUGCAAAAGAAAACCCCCUUAGCCAAAUUAAAUAUAAGCUUUCUACUAUUAGAAAGAUUUGUAUAUGGAAGGUUUCCAAAGCUUCAAACCCUCAUUUUCUUUCAUAGAUACUGAACAAAACAUGGAAUUACUUAACCAAUAUUCAAUCCAUUAUGACAAUCAAAACAUGAGUUCUCAAAGCUUCUUGGGGUUUUCAAAUGACAACUUCCUUUCACAACAAGUAUUACCACCAUUCAAUCAUCAAUACAUGCAAUGCUUUCAACCAGAUUUUCAACAUGAACAGAAGAAUGUCAUGGUGAUUCCGGAUCCGACUUUUACAAGCCCCGUUCACAACGGGAAGCGAAAAUCUAUGGAUGUAUCAUCUAGCAGUACCGGGAAUUCGUCGUCUCAUCCAGUUCAAGAAAGUGAAACUGAUGAGAAGAAAUACCAGAAUUCAAGAAAGGGCAAGAAAGUAAAAGUAACUGAUAGUGGCGAUGCACCAAAGGAAGUGGUACACGUUAGAGCCAGGAGGGGCCAAGCAACUGAUAGUCACAGUAUAGCAGAAAGGGUUAGAAGAGGGAAGAUUAACGAGCGUUUGAGGUGUUUGCAAGACAUCGUGCCCGGGUGCUACAAGUCAAUGGGCAUGGCAGUAAUGUUGGAUGAGAUAAUCAACUAUGUGCAAUCCUUGCAGAACCAGGUUGAGUUUCUUUCGAUGAAACUCACCGAAGCAAGCAGCCUUCCCAACUUGGAUUCGGAUUUGAUGUCUAUGGAUGCAAUUCAGAUGGGAAAUGUAAUAGAAGGAAUGAAGAUGCAAAGACUGGAGGAGAGAGAAGAGAUUGGUCCGGUUGACCUGAGUUUUGGCUCUUAUCCUGCAUUGCCAUACCAUACAACAUAAAAGAAGAUCCAUUUUGUUUCAUACACAAUUUAAUUUGUAUCAUUGCUUCUAUACAUACACAAUGUAUAACCAUUACACAGUUAUUGAAAUAAAAUCAAAGUUUGUAUGUAAUAUGGUAUAUAAAUCAAAUGGCCUCUCUUUCAUUUCA